GAGGCCUGGUAGGCACAGCCGCAGAGGCUCCUUCGGCUCCGUGGACUCGGAGCAGGGGCUCCAACCCGGGUCAGAGUUUAGAGGUCCACGGCCACCCACCCGCGCCCCGUGACCUCCCAGCGCCCUGGCGGACGAAAUGGCCAUUAAGAAGUAGAUGCCCAGAUACAAAGGUGAUGAAACAGUCCAUUUGUCAUAAAGUAAGAUGCAUCUGUGGCCUUUCAACCAUAUUAGAACAAAAUUGUAUCUGUUUUCCUCAGAAGAGAAUUCCACAAGUGCUCACAUGGUCUUCUGAAGAAGCCAUGGGUAGCUGUUGUAGCUGUCCAGAUAAAGACACUGUCCCAGAUAACCAUCGGAAUAAGUUUAAGGUCAUUAAUGUGGAUGAUGAUGGGAAUGAGUUAGGUUCUGGCAUAAUGGAACUUACAGACACAGAAUUGAUUCUAUAUACCCGCAAACGUGAUUCAGUAAAAUGGCACUACCUCUGCCUGAGACGCUAUGGCUAUGACUCCAAUCUCUUUUCUUUUGAAAGUGGCCGAAGGUGUCAAACUGGACAAGGAAUCUUUGCCUUUAAGUGUGCCCGUGCAGAAGAAUUAUUUAACAUGUUGCAAGAGAUUAUGCAAAACAAUAGUAUAAAUGUGGUAGAAGAGCCAGUUGUAGAAAGGAAUAAUCAUCAGACAGAAUUGGAAGUACCCAGAACACCUCGAACACCUACAACUCCAGGGUUUGCUGCUCAGAACUUACCUAAUGGAUAUCCCCGAUAUCCUUCAUUUGGAGAUGCUUCAUCUCAUCCUUCAAGCAGACAUCCUUCUGUAGGAAGUGCUCGCUUACCUUCAGUUGGUGAAGAAUCUACACAUCCUUUGCUUGUGGCUGAGGAACAAAUACAUACCUACGUCAACACUACAGGUGUGCAAGAAGAACGGAAAAAUCGCACAAGUGUGCAUGUCCCAUUGGAGGCAAGAGUUUCUAAUGCUGAAUGCAACACACCAAAAGAAGAACCAAGUAGUAUUGAAGACAGGGACCCUCAGAUUCUUCUGGAACCUGAAGGAGUCAAAUUUGUUUUAGGACCAACCCCUGUUCAGAAGCAAUUAAUGGAAAAGGAGAAACUGGAGCAACUUGGAAGAGAUCAAGUUAGUGUAAGUGGUGCGAAUAACACAGAAUGGGACACUGGCUAUGACAGUGAUGAACGAAGAGAUGCACCCUCUGUUAACAAACUGGUAUAUGAAAAUAUAAAUGGGCUAUCUAUCCCUAGUGCCUCAGGGGUCAGGAGAGGUCGUCUGACAUCUACCAGUACCUCGGAUACCCAGAAUAUCAACAACUCAGCUCAGAGAAGAACUGCAUUAUUAAACUAUGAAAAUUUACCAUCUUUGCCUCCAGUUUGGGAAGCCCGCAAGCUAAGUAGGGAUGAAGAUGACAACUUAGGACCAAAGACCCCAUCUCUAAAUGGCUACCAUAAUAAUCUAGAUCCAAUGCAUAACUAUGUAAAUACAGAGAAUGUAACAGUGCCGGCAAGUGCUCACAAAAUAGAAUAUUCAAGGCGUCGGGACUGUACACCAACAGUCUUUAACUUUGAUAUCAGACGCCCAAGUUUAGAACACAGGCAGCUCAAUUACAUACAGGUUGACUUGGAAGGUGGCAGUGACUCUGACAACCCUCAGACUCCAAAAACACCUACUACUCCCCUUCCACAAACCCCUACCAGGCGCACAGAGUUGUAUGCUGUGAUAGACAUCGAGAGAACUGCUGCUAUGUCAAAUUUGCAGAAAGCACUGCCACGAGAUGAUGGUACAUCUAGGAAAACUAGACAUAAUAGUACUGAUCUGCCCAUGUGAGCCUGGAAAGCAUUAUGUUGUUUGCACCUUUGUGAAGUUUUUUAAAAUGAAGAUGCAAGUGCUUCAUUUUCAUUUCUACACUAACUCCUUUUAUAGACUGAUAAAAAAUUUUUCUGAAUAUUUCAUGCGCAUCUUUAACUAAAGGGAAUUAAUGUAGAGCAGGUACUCCUUAAAGAAGACUAAUUUCAUUAUAUACUACUCAUUAUUGUAUAGCAGCAUUCCCAUUUUCACAGUGCCUAUUUAAAAUGAGAGUUGAAAUGAAUGACAUGCUGGUUGAUUUUUAUUCAACAUUCUGGACUUAUGUGUAUCUUUCAUGUCUAAGUCGUGGUUGGCAUUUAAAACUUUUUAUAAAGCCUCUUGAUAAUGUGCAUUGCUAACACAUAACUCUAGGGCUUUGAAAGUAAUAUUUGCAGAUUCACUUCACAGUGUGUGGCCUCCAGCAUGUUAACCUGAGGAAUCCUUUAUUUCACUAGUUAAAGGCUUUUUGACUUGAGCCAAAACAUAUGAAAAGGAAACAGAAAUACCACACCUCCUUUGAUAGCAGUCAGCUCCUUUGCCUUCAGUGUUACUAGAAAGAGUCUGUGUCAUGAAUAUAGUUUGCUGUUGGUGUGUGCUGAAAGACAGGCAGGAGAUAAGAUUUUCUGUUUACUCAUCUCAUGAUGUGAUUUGAAGGGCAUGUUUGGGUAUCUUACUCAGAAACAAGUAGGCUUAAGAAUCAGUCUCAGGUCACUUUACCCAAAAACAUUUUUUGAAAAUCUGAACCAAGAUCUGUUGAAUUUUCUCUCCUAUAGCUUAUUGGUGACACAUUGUUUUCUGGAGGCUUUUGUGUCAUUUGGUUCCCAUUUAACUUCAAUUUCUUAGUGUUUGGGAUGUCAUAUUUUGUUGUUUAAUGUCUUUAUCAAUUUAAAAUGUUUGAGUUUGUAUAUAGUUUUGAAAUUGGAUUCUGUGUUCAUUGUUUCUUAGUUUGCAUUUUUGUCAACUUAUGGUUUUGAAGGUUCAUUUGGAACUUACUGUUAUUCUAUAACAGAGUUGUCCUUGUCCAGUAUUUAUUUAUAUGCUAUUUACUUUUUAAGUUGAAAAAACCAUUUUCUCAAUUUUAAAUUUCUCUUCUGUCUAUAUGCGAUAUCUUUAGCAGCUGAGAAAAAAAGAAAAAUCCUUUCAACAUGCAAAGUUCCCUAAAGGUACUGUGUUUUCUCUGUAGACACUCUCCUCAGCACUUUAGCAGGGAUUCCCUCAGCUACAUUGCUGCAGUUGUACUCUUGCUCACUCUGCUGUUCCUUGGCUCUGCUGUCCUUUCACUUGUAGUCAGAUUUCUGAUUAUCCCUCGAUUUCAGUGGAAUGUUAAUAUUGUUGCCAGCAUAGCAGGUACAGUGGAAGUCUUGUAGUAAUGAGAUUGUGUCAUAAUUUAGAGUUUAAAAUGAACGGAAGUUUAUAUAUACUGAGGAGAGUUCAGAAGUCAAACUAUUGGAAAAUCAAUGUUCCAUAUUCCAAAACACUAGAAAAUACAAGAGAAGAUUGAGUAGAAAGAAGGUUGGGUAACCUUGCAAAAUAUUUUAUUGUUUUUCUCUAAAUAUGAGGAAGUUUGAGAUUGUGGUCUGGAUCUACCAGAUGUAACUAAGGUUAAUUUAGUAAGAAAACAUUUCAGUUAUAUAACAUCCAAUUUAUCCAAUAAAUAACCUAGUGAUAGAAGAAUGAAUGGAUUAGCAGAACAAUAGAGUGGGACCAUUAUUUAAAAAAAAUACUACAGGUAUCUUUUUCGUCAUUUUCAGUGCCAUUAUUUUAUUAGCAUAGCAAGAAUUUUGUCAUCCCCCCCCCACCGUGAACUUGGUGCUUAUUAAAAGGUUCAUUGUUCUCUUAAAAAGAGCAGUGGUGUAGAUGUUCAGUUUUCCUGAUUCCAUUUUUAAUAUGUUGUUCCAUUUUUAUCCUUUCUUCUGAGUAGAUUGCUAAUUGUGCCAAAUUUAUGUACUGGUUUUUUGUAAUAUGGAAGAAGAAUUAUUAUGGAACCAAUGCACAUGGUUUUCUCUGAAACAAGCAGUCAAGGCAGAAUAUAAAUCUCCAAAUGAAAGGGCUGAUCUGUUUAUUCAUUUUGGAGGUUGGUUACUUUAUUUUUUCCCUCAUCUUUUUUACUUUUUCCUCCAGAUUCUAAUUUAGUUUUUAUAUUUUUUUAGGUAACUAAGAUAAUCAGUACAAUUUAUGCUUUAAAUGCUGUGUGCUUUAAAAAUGAAAAUGGGACCAAUUUGUCUGCUAAGAAGUUGAUUUUAAGGUACUAUAAGAAUAUUAGGAAGAGAUAUACAACUGGUGUUAAUUCUGGAUGUCUUCUGGAAGUCACCUGUAAUCCUAUUUAAUGAAAAGUAAGUUAGAAUACUACUUGUCCUUCACAGUAGUCUAGUAAUGGGUAGUAAGCCCUGUCCUGGAAGAAUGUACCUAUUACCAGGUGCAUUUUAGAUUGCAAUAUUUUACUGGCAUAUAAUUGUGGCCAUAUGUCUCUGAUUUUCUGAGACUAAUCUAAUUUUAGAUAUAUGGUUUUGUUCAUUGAACAUGUGAUUCUACUUUUUGGCUUUGGAAAUAUAAUCAUUGUUCAUUUGGGUUUCCCAGUAGAACCCUCUUUUAUCCAUAUUGAUCAUAACAACAUUUAUCCCAGACCAGGGUUGGAAGCUGAUAUGGGUAUUACCUAUGUUUUUCUUAGUGUUUUAUUUCACAGUUUGAUUUUCCUUUUAAAAAUGAAAAUACGGUGCCUUCCCUCUCUCCAGGAAGAUUGGCAAAAAGUUCCUUUUAUUGACUGCUGCUGUGGAGUGAUGAGAUACGCACUUUACUCUUGAAGACUCAGUAAAAAGCUUUUCACUUCUCAGUAUAUCCAGAAUAGAUCGCAUGUGGGACUUAAAAAAAUUUGCCAAGCAGUUUUUGUUUUUAUAGAUAUUAAUGUUGACCCUCCCUGCCCCCAGUUCAAUGUUAUUAGAAUAAGUCAAACUGAUGUUUAUCUUCCUACCCACUUCCCAAACUUUGUGGCACAGUAUAUAAAAAUGUACCUCAGUAAUGUUCUGUUAAAAAUGGGACAGGGGCCUUAUGUUUUCAUAAUUUACAACAAUGUGCCAUCAGGUGUUUGCCUCAAGUUAAAGAUUUUUAACAAACUGACAAGUGCUUCCCAGUUUCCCCCUGUGCUGUUCCUAACCCAUAAUGCCUAAGUGUUUUGUGCAAUGUGUAGUGUGUGUAUAAAUACAUAUAUUUGGGAAAUAGACAUACCAUCAAAGGCAUCAUUCAGAAGUAACUGAUGUAUUGGCAUCUCAUUCAUAUUUCUGAUGUGUGAGGUAUGUGGUACUAAUUACCUUUUCCUUGAUGUUUGCCAAAUUUGAAUAAAGGCAUUGGUACGAAAUUACAGAAUGUAUAGAAAAUGUUUUUGGCUUGAAAAAUUAACAAAUAUUUUAUGACAUACCACAAUAUACUCUGCCCAAACCAGCACCCUAUCUAUCUUUUCCCUGUUCUUUACAUCUCUGUUCCCCAUCCUUACUUCCUCAUUUUUUGGGGGUAUAACAUUUCUUUUGUAGCAUCAUUAUAGUUGCAAUUUAUGACAAUUGGGCGAUAUAGCAUGGAAACAGACUGGUAUCAAUAGUACAGUAGUCACCAGUGUGCCACAUUUGCAUUAGUAAAUGCAAAAUAUACGUUUUAUAAAGGACAAACUUUGUGUUAUGUUUUUAUUUGCAUUGUAUAAUAUUGUAAGAUUAUUGUAUGUCCUAAUUUGCAUAAUAAAUGUUUUUUUCCUACAUAAAGGCAUAAAUAUAGCAACUUUGUAUAAAGGUAGCUUAUUAGAUUUUUAAUUUUUUCUUUUAUAAAAAUUGUCUAACAGUGGGACUACCAUUGCCAAAUUGUAUAUGAAAUAUGAAUUUUACCCCCAUAAUUAAUUUCUUUUAAAAACAUUCCAUAUUUCUCUAAUAAAAGACAUAAGUGAUACUGUACUAUGCACAAAUUGUAUUUUAAUGCUGUUUCAUAUCAGCAUUUAAAAUUUUGGUUUGCAUUUUUAAUCUUGGCAAAACUUAACCACUGUUAAUUUAAAUAAAACUUUGUUGUAUAUGUAACAUCAUUUGCCCUCUGUCCCUUCCCACCCUUUGUUCUCUAUUUCUCCCUAUCAGUGCCAACUUCAUACAUUUUGUAGCAUGGCAAUAAAAUACAACUUUUACACUGAGGCCGAGUGUGGCUUUUUGGAGGAAGUGGGGUUGGGAGGAUUGCCCUCUAGUUGUUCUUUGCAUAUAACUUUUUGCUAUAUAAGCCAUGUUAUCAGACAUGAGAAGUUAUAUAUGAUGUAAACAUGCUUUUAAGGACAAGUGUGAAUGUGCUUUUAAGAUUAAUUUUUGUCAUAACAAAUAACUAAUUUUUUUAUCUUUGGAAAAGUCAGAUUCUUGAAGUACAAUCAAACCUUUAUUAACUGGAGUACUUAAAGAAUAAGCUAAUAAUUGAAUUUUGUUCAACAAGGGCUAAGCAACACAUUUUUAAAAUCCUUAUUUAUUGUAGAGUACUAGAAGACUUUACUGUUCUAAAAAUUAUAAUAUGUAAAAUGUGGUUUAAUCUUAGAUGAUGUAGCAUCUUGCAAUGCCUUACUGUUGUCAUUCUGGCAUAAAUAUCCACAAUGAGGUACUCAAGUUGAUACUGGAAGCUGAGCUGACUAUACACUGACCUUAAGCAUUCAUGAAAACUGCUUUGUUGAAUAAAAUCUGAUCUGAGUUCUUAUGGUCACUUUCCCCUUCUUGCCAAAAGUAGAUUGCAAUAAAACCCAAUAAAAGUUUAGUUGGAUACCUA